CCACGGCCUUCAACCAAUCAAAGACCAUGCUCUGCCCUACGUCAUUGUAGCGCCGGCCGCUGAUUGGCUGUUGGUGCGCAGUGUCCCCGCGCAGCCGGCCCGGCGCGGCCCACCCCAGUCGGCCCCAGGAGUCGGCCGGUCGCUCCGCUCCCUGCCCGUCAGUUGGCGUUCGGCAGCCCUCCAAAGUGGUUGUGCGCGCUCCGGUCCUCCCGUGCUGUGUGCCGUCGACGAUGAUGAUAAUGGACAAUCAGAACGCGCCCGACCUCAGGCUCUUCUACCUGGGCCACGCGCAGGUCAGGCGCGCUGCCGGUUCCCCGCGACGACGCCUGUUCGGCCCCGUUGACCCGGCCGAGACUAGGCGCGUCCUCGAGGAGGAGAUGAGGCACAUCUACGAGAGCCAGAAGAAGAAGUGGAACUUUGACUUCGAGAAGGAGGAGCCGGUGCCGGGCGGUCGGUACCUGUGGGAGCGCGUGCAGCCGCCGCCGCCGGAGCAGUCCCGCACCGAGGCCGCCUACGGCCCGGAGCCCUCGGAGCGGGUUCAGGAGCCGGCUGCUCCGGCUCCGGCUCCGGCUCCCGUCGCCGCCCCCGCCGCCGCCCCAUCCGACCGGGCGUCGAACCGGCCCGCCAGGAGUCAGGCGGCAAUCACAGACAUGCUUCGUACGCGGAAGCGGCAGCGCGUUUCGGAGUCCGCCUCCAAGGCCUCGGACGAGGACCCAGCACCGAAGCGGGGCCCCAGCCCGGGACCCGACGCUGCGUCCUCGUGAUAACCCUUCGGACGUAUGGAACGACAGCGAAGCGGCUGGCUCCUCCGGACUGGCUCCUCCGGACUGGCUCCCCCGGCUGGCUCCGGACGGGAGCCGAGCGUCUCUCCGGGCUGGUCCCGGGAGUCGCGGUCAUCGGAGGUCAUCUGCGCCAUUGCGGUCAUAGCGAGGUCAUCGAGGUCGACCGUGGAUCAGACAGACCCCCAGUGGCUGCAUAUCACCGUCUGUGAACUAAAGUGACCACUGGCUGGUGCAAUGUGGACCAAUUCUGCAGUGGUUCUAAUGAGACUAAUCAGAUACCUAGACGGAGCUCAAGAUGCUCCUCGCAGACAUCCCGGCAUUAGAAGAUCAACUUAUCUAACAUCGUUCAGGAACCCGAUCUCCGAUCGCCAGUAGCCAACUCAAUGAUGGUGUUCAACCACCUCAGAGACGCCCGAAGGCAGUGCGCGGCCUGACCGGGCCUGACCUGGUCACGUGACAGUGACGUGGUGGCGGUCAGAUGACCUCCGGUGACCCGGGCCGCGGCAGGGACGGCCUGUUGUUAACUAGUGUGAUGAGUGUCUUGUUGCUAUGCCGCUGUUGAUGCCAUUCGGGGCCGCUCGGCUCCGGCCUUCUCUUUGUAUUGGUUCAGUGUUUUUGCUUUUGUAUCAUACCGUAAAAAUUAGCUGAAUCUAGGGUGUAUUCUGUUUACAGAAGAAAGCACGGUAAAUAGCUUUAAACGCCUUUGGUUGUCCCUGACGGGACGUCUAAUUCUUCGGAUUUAACGUUGACUGCCGGUCGUCUUGUUGUGGCCGGCAGUGGAAGCUUGUUUAGUGGUGCGCUGUCUGUCUGUAGAAUUUGAAAACCAGUGUACACCGCCUCGGGCGGUUUGUGCCCGGCUGACAAGGUAACACCAUGGCGACAAGACUUGUUGUAUGUGUAUUGCGUAUAGACAUAGUGGGUCACGGAAUGCUUGCUUGUCGAGGCGUGAGUGAAUUUGUGAGUGUGAGUUGUUUUGUUGCGCGUCUCGCGAUUGUAAUAAUCACCGAUGCAGUGCUCCUGGCGCAUCCAAAGAGCGGUCCGCAGCGACGCGCAAUUAUGUGGCGCAGACGCGCUACAAAUGUGACGCAGCUGUGACAGCCGCAGUGCUCUGAGAUCCCGAGCCAGUUUCGAGGCGUGCUUCUUCGCUUUGCUCUCGGAGCAUUCUAGUCCGGUGAUCUCAAAAGAGGUCAAUAUUUAUUAUAUAUCCUAAUCUAUUCCGAUAAAUUCUGUACAUAUCGUAUCAGCCUGGUUUGUUCCGAUGAGAUGUUCCGUAUGAUAUGAAUAUAUGCAUAUUCAGUCUUUGAA